AAAUGCAAUCCAAUCUUAACCUUAUCCAACCGCCACUCCCCUAUCCCUUUUCCCUCCAAACCCAUCACCAAAUCCGCACUCUCCCGACUCCCAGACACCCUCCUCCACCCACCGUCACCGCCACCGCCGACGCCGUAGAACGCCGUUCUCCGUCCCAAUGGAUAGACCUCCUCCGAUACCAGACUCAAUCCUCUUCCUUCCACGACGCCAUCGCCACCUACGCCGCCAUGCUCGCUGCCGCCGCACCCCCAGACAAUUUCGCCUUCCCCGCCGUUCUCAAGGCUGCAACCGCCGUGCACGACCUCAACCUCGGGAAGCAACUCCACGCGCACGUCUUCAAGUUUGGCCACGCGUCCUCCGUUGCCGUGGCUAACACCCUCGUCAACUUGUACGGCAAAUGCUGCGACCUCGCUGCCGCGCGUCGCGUGUUCGACGAAAUCCCCGAGCGAGACCACGUGUCUUGGAACUCCAUGAUCGCGACGAUGUGUCGGUUCGAGGAGUGGGAGAUGUCCCUGCACUUGUUUCGGUUAAUGCUGUCGGAAAACGUGGAGUCCACUUCGUUCACGCUGGUCAGUGUGGCACACGCGUGCUCUCACGUGCAGGGUGGCACGCGGCUCGGGAAGCAAGUGCACGCGUAUACUCUGAGAAACGACGAUUUGAGAACUUAUACCAACAAUGCGUUGGUGACCAUGUAUGCGAGAUUGGGGAGAGUUAGCGAUGCUAAGGCAUUGUUUGACGUGUUUGAUGGUAAAGAUAUUGUGUCUUGGAACACUAUUAUUAGUUCUCUUUCUCAGAAUGAUAGGUUUGAGGAAGCGUUGAUGUAUAUGUACCUUAUGAUCGUGGACGGGGUUAGGCCUGAUGGGGUUACACUGGCGAGUGUUUUGCCAGCUUGUUCUCAACUGGAGAGGUUGAGGAUUGGGAGAGAAAUUCAUUGCUAUGCGUUGAGGAGUGGGGAUUUGAUUGAGAAUUCGUUUGUUGGGACUGCGUUGAUUGACAUGUAUUGUAAUUGCAAGCAGGCUGCUAAGGGUAGGUUGGUUUUUGAUAGAGUGUUGAGGAGGACGGUGGCGGUUUGGAAUGCCAUGCUUGCUGGUUAUGCUCGGAACGAGCUUGAUGAUCAAGCGUUGAGACUGUUUAUUGAGAUGGUUUCUGAGUCUGAAUUUUGUCCCAAUGCCACUACUUUUUCGAGUGUUUUGCCUGCUUGUGUGCGUUGCGAGAAGUUUUUGGACGAAGAAGGGAUCCAUGGUUACAUUGUGAAGAGGGGAUUAGGGAAGGAUAAGUAUGUGCAGAAUGCGUUGAUGGACAUGUAUUCCAGGAUGGGAAAGAUUAAAAUUUCGAAGAUGAUAUUUGGUGACAUAGAUAGAAGGGAUAUAGUGUCUUGGAACACGAUGAUAACUGGCUGUGCUGUUUGUGGGCAGUAUGAUGAUGCACUUAAUCUUUUGCAUGAAAUGCAGAGGGGUCAAGGAGAAGAUGGGAGAGACACAUUUGUUGAUUGUAAAGAUGAGGUGAGCAUUCCCCUCAAGCCGAAUUCGGUAACUCUAAUGGCUGUGCUUCCUGGUUGUGCUGCCUUGGCAGCGUUAGGUAAAGGAAAGGAGAUUCAUGCUUAUGCUGUUAAAGAAAUGUUGGCAAUGGAUGUUGCUGUGGGAAGUGCAUUAGUGGACAUGUAUGCAAAAUGUGGUUGCCUGAACUUGGCUAGGAUAGUCUUCGAUCAAAUGCCCAUAAGAAAUGUUAUUACUUGGAAUGUUCUUAUCAUGGCUUAUGGGAUGCAUGGGAAAGGGGAAGAGGCUCUGAAGCUUUUCAGAAGAAUGACAGCAGAAGGAAGCAAUAGGGAAGUAAUAAGGCCCAAUGAAGUGACCUAUAUUGCUAUUUUUGCUGCUUGCAGUCAUUCUGGGAUGGUGGAUGAAGGCCUUCAUUUAUUCCAUACAAUGAAAGCUAGUCAUGGGAUUGAAGCCAGAGCUGACCAUUAUGCUUGUCUUGUGGACUUGCUUGGCCGAUCUGGUCGGAUCGAAGAGGCCUGUGAAUUGAUCCACACAAUGCCAUCCAAUUUGAACAAAAUAGAUGCAUGGAGUAGUUUGCUUGGCGCCUGUAGGAUUCACCAGAGUGUAGAAAUUGGUGAAAUUGCAGCAAAGAACCUGCUUCUCUUGGAGCCAAAUGUAGCCAGCCAUUAUGUUCUACUGUCUAACAUAUACUCCUCAGCGGGGCUCUGGGAACAGGCAAUAGAGGUACGGAAGAAAAUGAAGGAAAUGGGAGUAAGAAAAGAACCUGGUUGUAGUUGGAUUGAGCAUGGUGAUGAGGUUCAUAAGUUUUUGGCAGGGGAUGCUUCACACCCACAGAGUAAAGAACUUCAUGAGUAUCUUGAAACUCUGUCCCAAAGAAUGAGAAAGGAGGGUUAUGUGCCUGAUACUUCAUGUGUCCUUCACAAUGUUGAUGAUGAAGAGAAAGAAACAAUGCUAUGUGGGCAUAGUGAGAGACUGGCUAUAGCUUUUGGCCUUUUAAAUACCCUCCCAGGGACUACCAUCAGGGUUGCCAAAAACCUUCGAGUUUGCAAUGACUGCCAUGUUGCCACUAAAAUCAUAUCAAAGAUUGUGGACAGGGAAAUCAUUCUUAGAGAUGUUAGAAGGUUCCAUCAUUUCAGAAAUGGAACUUGCUCUUGUGGGGAUUAUUGGUAAAACAAAAGUGAAUAGUAAAAUAUUAAUUUUAUUUAAGAAAAA